AGGAGCUUAUGGAGGACACUUGCACUGCUUCAGACUGAAGAACAGACACAAGGUCACAGCAGUCAUCAAGUCCCAUGGGGGGUAUACAGGAGCUGGGCAUCAGUGUGUCUAUGGCAGGGGUAGCGGGGAUCAUCCUGAUAUGUGCCCUACCCAUGUGGAAGGUGACUGCUUUCAUUGGAACACACCUGGUGGUCAUGCAGGUGUUUUGGGAGGGGCUAUGGAUGACCUGUGUGAGCGAAUACACCGGACAGCUGCAGUGUAAGCUCUAUGAUGCCAUCCUGGACUUGUCUCCAGACUUACAGGCAGCCCGAGGUCUCAUCUGCAUUAGUCUAUUUCUGGGUUGCCUGGGUUUCCUUAUAUUUUUAUUGGGUGCCCGCUGUACUAACUGUUUGAACCAUCCACGGGCAAAACAGAGAGUGGUGAUCAGUUCAGGACUCAUUUUCUGUUUGUCGUCUCUCACCAGUAUUGUAGCUGUGGCAUGGACUGCCAAUUCAAUCAUCAAUGACUUCUACAAUCCACGUGUACCAGAAGUGCUCAAAAAAGAGUUGGGGGCAGCAAUUUACUGUGGCUUUGUAACAUCUGGGCUGCUUUUUAUAGGAGGACUUUUACUAUGUGUUACUUGCCCACCUCAGAGGGCCAAGUUCCCCUUGACUAGAUACACACUGGCCAGGGCGCCCCCCACACAAAGCAGUUAUGCCAUUAAGAACUAUGUAUGAGGAACUGGAUACAAGUAACGUAAUAAUUUGUCAAUGUUAAUCAUUGCUAUCUGAUAUUAUAAAAUGUGAAUGAGUUGUAAUUUUCAAACAAGACUGAAAAAUUAACAGUGACAUAUUUCAUUUUUUUUUAAUCCCAUCAUGGACAGUUGGUGUGGUGCUAAUGUUUAAAUUAGUAUAAAAUGCUUAUACAAUUUGUGUGCCAGAUAUGCAAUUCAAUGUUUUGUAUGCUCAUCAAAGAAUUGUGAUUUAAAAUAAAAGAUAUAAAAUUUGCACAAUUGUCAUUAGUUUUAAUAUGUUCAUAGAUGUUAAUAUGCUGUAUUUUUGUGACAGCCCAAAUUCAGCACUGAUAAAUUGAUUUCUCUUUAGCCAGUUAGAGUAACAUAAGCAGUGAUUUAUAAACAGGCAGCACAGAGGGAGCAUUGUCCUACUACAAACUCGAAGAAAGGGAUUGUUUUGAAACCAUUGCAGAGGAUUUCCCUCCUCCACCCAGAUAAAGGUCUCUGUUUUCCACAAAUACCAAAGAACCAGUUUCUCCAUUAUGAACCACCAUGCAAACUCUCCAAUGACACAGUCUGUCGGAGC